AUGCGUCAAGUAGAAACUGUUUUUCUUAGUCGAUUAAAGGCUUCUCAAAAUGAAAAUAUAAUGGAAAAUUAUGAAAGGAUGCCUGUUGAAGCACUUGUUGAAUAUAGCCAUAAAGAACUAAUGAAAACUUUGGAUCAAUUAAAUUCAAUUUCACAAAGCCAGUUAAACACAAAAAAGAGGAAAUCACUUGGAUCUCUUCUUAAUUUAAUGAAUUCAACUCUUAAAUUAAAUAGUAUACAAUUGCCUUUUGAUGGAAGAAUUUUAGAAGGAAGUGAUUUGACUUUAAGUGAACAAUUAUCUCAAUUACUUAAUUCACAAACAGAAAUUAAUAAAAAAUUAAAUUCUGCUGAAAUUGGACGUCUUUUAACGAAUUUUUGUGAAAGAAAUGAAGGAAAUUUGGGAGGAAUUGUUGAAGAGGAAGAUGAGGAGGAGGAAAUGGAAGAAGAAAAUGAAAUAAAUAAAGAGGAAGAGAAGAAAAAAGAAUUAAAUGAGGCUUUAAUUAAAUCUGAGGAAUUUAUGGAAUUUGUAGAAUUACAAAGUGGAUCGUUACAACAAGAAGGAAAAUUGGAUGAUUUAUAA